CUUCUGAAUGCGGCCAGUCCUUUGUACAAUAAAUUUGGCGCGAAUAAAGCAUUUGUAUACGAAGGUUAAUGAGAAGUUGCUGUUGUUGACUUAUUUUAAUAUUAAAGAAAAAUUAAAAUAAAAUGAAGUGUAUAAUACCCGAAAUCAGUUGGAAUAAUCGUGAUCCUGUAUUUAGCCUAGAUAUUCAACCAAAAGUUGAUGAAUUUACAAGAUUAGCUACUGCAGGAAGUGAUACACAUAUUGUGAUAUGGCAUUUAACAGUUGAUGAAAAUGGUUCUAUCAAUAUUGAACCGGCUGCUGACUUAAAUAAACAUCAAAAAGCUGUAAAUGUGGUGAGAUGGUCACCUUCUGGGGAACUAUUAGCUGCUGGUGAUGAUGAAUCGAAUAUCAUAUUAUGGAAACAACGUCAAGAUAUUGAUCAGACACCAUGUUUUGAAAAAGAUUUAGACGCAAAUGAGACUAAUAGUAAAAAUGAUGAAGAAUAUAAAGAGAAUUGGUACAUUUAUAAAAUAUUACGAGGACAUAUGGAUGAUGUAUAUGAUAUAUCAUGGAGUCCUGAUUCCAAACAACUGCUAUCUGGAUCUGUUGAUAACACAGCAAUUGUAUGGAACAUUACAAACAAAACAAAACACAUUCUACAACCGAAUCACAAAGGAUUUGUUCAAGGUGUGUCAUGGGAUCCAUUGAAUCAAUAUUGUGCUACUUUAAGUAGUGAUCGUGUAUGUCGUGUGUUUGAUUUAAAUACGAAACGUAUGAUUUCCAAGAGUAGCAAAGGUACAUUACCAUUCAACGAAACGAGUCCAUUACAUGGUCAAACUUGUAGAUUGUAUCAUGAUGAUACAUUGAAAUCGUAUUUUAGACGAUUAACAUUCUCACCAGAUGGUAAGCUGUUAAUAGCCCCAGCUGGCUCUGUUGAAUCUGAACAUUGUCCAAAGAAGAUAUAUUUUACAUACGUUUACACAAGAUAUUCAUUUAAACAACCAACAUUAGCAUUACCAUCACCAGAUCAAUUUACAGUGGCUGUACGAUGUUGUCCAAUACUAUUUGAAUUACGUGCAGAUGGUCCACAACCACCAAUGAUACCAUUACCAUAUCGUAUGAUUAUUGCUGUUGCAUCACAAACAACAAUUACAUUCUAUGAUACACAGCAAUGUGAACCAUUUGCAACAAUUACAAAUAUACAUUAUACACGAAUCACAGACAUAACAUGGUCAUCUAAUGCACAAAUUGUUGCUGUAUCUUCAACGGAUGGUUUUUGUUCAUUAAUUCUAUUUAAAUCACAAGAAUUGGGUAUACCAUAUAAACCACCACAACAAACAACUAGCAGUAUUGAAAUCGUAGAUAAUGAGACUGAAAAACAACCUAAUCUUAUGUCACCACCCGCAACGAUGAUGGAUGUUGAUAUUGAUAAUAAAAUCAAGGCAUGUUGUAUUGAGGAAGCAUCACAAGAUAUUAAAUUAUAUUUAGAAAGUGAAGACACCACUCAAGAUACCAUUGAUAAAGAUAAUACUACAGAAACACUAAAGAUGGACACUGAUACUGAUAAUAAUACUGAAGAGUGUCAGAAAAAAAUUGAUAUUGAUGAAGCUAAUAAUAAAAAUACUGAUAAUGUUGCAAAUAACAAUAAUAAUGCUGGUAAUGUUGAAGAUAAUUCUAAAAAUACACAGAAGAUGGACACUGAUAAUAACGUUGAAGGCAGUCAUAAAGAAAUUGUUAAUGUUCCAGAUAAUACUAGAAAUAUUGAAAAUGUUGAAAAUAAUAAAAAUACUGACAAUGUAGACGAUAGCAAUAAAAACGUCAAUAAUAUUAAAGAUAGUAAUAUUAAUAAUGAUAAAAGUGAUAAAGAUAAUACAAACAUUGACAAAGUUGAAGAUAACAAAAAAAAUGAUAAUACUGAAGAUGAUACAAAGAUGCAAAUACAAAAUGAUAAUACAGCUUCAUCAUCUGCGUCUGUAACCACACCAAAACCACCAAGGCGUGUUACAUUUAUAACAUUGUCAAGUCCAAAAGGUAAAAGUAGAAAGAAAAUAUUGUAAGAUAAGAUGAUAUCUUGGAAUAAAUCCAUUGCGAUGUUGAGGAGAAUGGUGGUGUUCAAGUGUUGAUAGACGAUAAUAUGAAAUAAACGAUACAUUAAAUAUAUAUAAAAUACUUU